AUGGCUACGUAUCAGGAUAAUCUUUCCCAAAAUUUUGGGAACCUAGGCCUAGGUCCCAACAACGGCCAAUAUCCUCCCCAGCAGCAAGGCUACGGAUACCAAGGUCAGCAGCAGCCGCCUCCUUCGCAAUACAGCUCUCCCCCUCCACAGGACCAGUACGGCUCGCCCCCGCCUGCACCUCCAUACCAGCCUCCCCAAGACAAGCCUCCAAUCCCGCGCGAAUGGCGUCCCUUUUACGACCACCACCAGCAGCGCUGGUAUUACGUCAACGAAACCAGCCGAGAGACCCAGUGGGAGGCACCCGGCUACUAUGCGCCGUCCCCUAUAGGUGGUGAUACUCGUGACGCCUACCCACCGUCUGGUCCGCCUCCGGGACACUACGCUUACAGUCCACCACCGGGCCCGCCUUCUGGUACGACUAAGAGCAGCGGAGGCGGCAUGGGCAUGGCGGGCGGUAUGGCCAUGGGUGCUGUCGCGGGCCUCGCCGCCGGUGCGGCUGGCUCCUAUCUCUUUGGCAAAGCCGAGGACGCAGUCGAGAACAAAUUCGAUAAAAUCGAAGAUCGGCUGGAGGGUAUCGAGAAUCGCGUCGAGGACAGGGCCGACCACGCCAAGGAUGACGUGGAGGAGCGAGUCUACAGGGACGAAGAACGAUGGGCGGCACCCAUACCCGCAGUACUGCCCGCCCACGACAUUGACGGCGACUCGGUGUCGUCGAGCGACCGCGAAGAGGUGGAAGAAGCUAGAGCGCGGUACGAAGAGGCACUACGCGACGCGGCUAGCUCGUCGGCGAGCAGUAGCGAUCUAGAGGAGCUGGAGGAGGCUAGAGAGGAGUACGAGGAGGCAUAUGAGGAGACGUAUGGCGGCGAUGACUAUGAUGACGAUUACUAG